UCUCCCUUGUUGGAAAAUUCGGAUCUGCCCUGCUUUGCUCUGUCCUUCCACCGGCUGCUCCUGCUUUGUGGGGGUGAUUUGCUCUGGUUUUGGGUAAGAAACAGCUACCAAUCCCUCUGUUCUUGCUUGAAUUAACUUGGGUCUACCUUAAUUGCUCUUGGGUUCCUUUAAUUUUGGGUAGAUCCGUGAGUUUCUCCCCUGCACUUGCCGCCGGCCUUCCCCGAUCUGCAGCUCCGGUUUUAGCUGGAGAAUUAUGUGGAAUCCCGUGAGAUUAGCUAGUGUUUUGGCCAAUUUUGGAAGUAGAGUUACUGUUCACAUCGGGGUCACUGUUCACCGGCUACUGUUCACACCUCGAGGGCCAACAAUUAACGGGAAUUUAAAUGAUUAGUUGUGAUAUGAGAACAAAUUUGGAGAUGUCCGAUCAUGUGGAAAGUGAUAGAAAUAACAUUGUGAUUAGGAAUGAUCCUAAUGAUGAUUUCAGUGUGAAUUUGUGAUAGUACGGUAUUGAUUCUCGGAUGUUUUGAUUAGGUUUCUGAUCGUUCUGUCAGUUAGCACUGAGAUUGAGUGCUCGGUUUUAUGCAAGUGAGGAAGUGAAAUUGAGGACGGGGAAACCACGGGAAGUGACGAGUUAGAAGGCUAGCCAUAUCGUAAUUGGAUAUAAAUUUUAGAUAUGAAUCAUGAUCUUGUAUUUGGAGAUUUUAUUGGAGAUUUAUGAUAUCAGAGAGAUUUUAUAAUUUGAUCUUUAGAUUUUGGUGGUAUCAGAGUACAGUAUGAUAAGUUCCGAGCCUUGUGCAUUUGUGGGACCUGUCUCAUGAGUGCACGGCGUCUGUCGCGUCUCGAAAUUGGGUUUUGG